AAUAUAUCUGUCAUUGAGAGAUAGACCGGCCGGCGAGACUAGACAACAGAAAAAUCUCCGGAUACAGUUCGCAUGAUCGACUCCUCGACUCCUUCAGAACAGUACUCGUUGAAACUUCAGCACCUUACAGCGGACACGAGGAGAGAUCCUUCAUGUGCUCCGGACGCGGUAAUCUGACGGAGAUCCUCUUUUUAUUACACUCUACUCUACUCCAGCAACACGCUGCCUACUUAUUCAAUCAUGAUCAUUCUUCAGCCCCACGUUUACAACCUGGAAGCCAACUAAAAACAUCGUACACCUCAAAGAAGCCAAAAAUUCCCUGGCGCCGCCGAAGCAGGCCAGGAGCGGUCAAAGGUUUAGUUUUCAACCAGCGAAAACAAGCUCUCGGAUUACAUCCUCACUGAGACUUGUACUGCCCUUGAACUAAGAUGGAGAAGAAAGAGAGGGGUGCGGGGAGGAGAGGGGGGUUUUAUAGGUAUUGUGAG